AUGCUGCAGAUCGUGGAGUGGCGCUUCCUGGUGCGGGACGCGGGCGAGCGCGAGGUGGCUGCGGACCCGGCCUGGCAGGAGGACGAGGAGCCGGCCGCCUCCGUGCCGGACUCCUGGGCCCAGGGCUCCGUGCCGCUGCUGCAGACCGUGCCCAGCCCGGAGUGGGAGGUCCCUGCCGUCAAAGUGCCGGAGGAGGAGGAGGAAGCGCCUGCCCUCCUGGAGCCGGAGGGGGAAGGCCCUGUCCCAGGGGAGCUGCCAGGCGAGGAAACUGCCCAGGAUGAGAUGCCCCUCCAGUGGGGAGAGGAGCUGCCCCAGCAACCCUCCCUGCUGGAAGCCAAACUGCCCAAGCCCCAGAGGAGGAGGGGGCUGCCCAAGGGCCGAGCUGAGUCCCUUCCCGUGGCUGUCUCUGCCAGGGUCUCCUUCAGAAGAAGGCCGUCCUGCCCGCCGCUCCCGGUGGCCCAGCCCUCGGCCAGAUUGGAUGGCAGCGCAAAGAGCGUCUCUGAGAAGGAGCUGCUGUGGCGGAAGCUGCCCCAGCCCCCUCCGCAGGUGAGCUCCCUGCUGGGCAGCUCCCAGCCCCUGCUCCCCUCCUCCUGCAGCAACCUCCUCCGCAUCCAGAUGGGCCGCCCACCCAACAUCAAGGAUGUUUUCUACGACGAGAUGGGCAACGUCAUGCUGGUGCCUCACCUGGAGCUGGCCCGCCUGCCUAAGCGGUGGAUCAAGCCCACCGUGGAAGUGGUGGACCCCAACGUUGAGUCGAAGUGCCAGGAAACCCUGAAGUUGGUCUCAGGCCGCUGCAAGCAGCGCCGUCCCCCGAGCGGCCCCGUCAAGCAGGCCCCCAUGGACCAAAGCAGCCUCCGGGCUCAGGCGGGGACGGAGGAUCCCAUGAAGGCAAGACAGAAGGCCCACCCAGAGCAGGAAGCCUAUUCUUCUCUUCCACCGGGAAAGACCCUCCAGCCCACCAGCUAUAUGUUCGUCAACCCCACCUUGCUGGUGGAGACGGUUGACCUCGCCCCGGGGGUCAGCCUCCACCGUGGCGGCAGUGGCUGUCUGAGUGCACGCUUGCAGCCUGCAGAAGAUGCCAAGGAGGCGGGCGGGCCCUUCCCCAGCAGGGCCAAAGGGCCCUUCCUUCAGGAGCCACAGCUUCUGCCGCACUUGUGCCCUAGGCCUGUGCUGGGAUGAGGGUCAUGGUGUUCACCACAUACAUCCUAGCCUCACACUGUCCUGAAAUCUCUCUCUCUCUCUUCUCUCUGUCUCUCUCUGUCUCUCCCUCCCUCCCUCCUCCCCCCCUCUCUCUCUGGCUUACACUGGCUCCAAGUAAAAGCUAUGCACAAACCUUUGCCGAAAAUACUUUUUGAGUACAAAUGAUGCCCCUCCAGGGCAAUAAAAGGAUUUCAGACAA